AUGGCUGAGGCUCUCUCUGCCUACAUCCCGGCUGUCUCUGGCCACGUGCUGCCCUCCCCUCUGCCCGCUUGCGGAUCAGAUGCCCCGGGUGACUUCCGGUGUCACUGGUGGCUGCUCCUACAGGAAGUCCUGGCUCUGCUGCGCAUUGACUGGGACUUUGGGAAAGGUCUCAAGAUCAUGAGGGGGUUUCUCUUCGCCUGGAUCUUAGUCUCAUUUGCCUGUCACCUGGCUGCCACCCAAGGAGCUCCUAAAGAUGUGGACGUCCUCCAGCAGCUGGGCCUCAGCUGGACAAAGGCAGGGGGCGGCUGGAGCCCCGCACCCCCGGGAGUCAUUCCAUUCCAAUCGGGCUUCAUCUUUACGCAGCGGGCCCGGCUCCAGGCCCCCACGGCCGCUGUCCUUCCUGCCGCCCUGGGCACAGAGCUGGCGCUGGUGCUGAGCCUCUGCUCCCACCGGGUGAACCAUGCCUUCCUCUUUGCCGUCCGCAACCGGAAGCACAAGCUGCAGCUGGGCCUGCAGUUCCUCCCUGGCAAGAUGGUCGUCCACCUGGGGCCCCGGCGCUCUGUGGCCUUUGACCUCGACAUGCACGACGGCCGCUGGCACCACCUGGCCCUGGAGCUCCGCAGCCGCACGGUCACUCUGGUGACGGCCUGUGGGCAGCACCGCGUGCCUGUCCCGCUGCCUUUCCACAGGGACCCCACACUCGACCCCGAGGGCUCCUUCCUCUUUGGGAAGAUGAGCCCGCAUGCGGUCCAGUUUGAAGGUGCCCUGUGCCAGUUCAGUAUCUACCCCGUGACGCAGGUCGCUCACAAUUACUGUACCCACCUGAGAAAGCAGUGCGGACAGGCUGACAUGUACCGGCCCCAGCUGGGACCCCUCUUCACCUUCCAGACCGACCUCACCCUGAUAGGCCUGGAGAACCUGACCACUGCCACAACAGCCCUGGGGUCACAGCCAGCAGGCAGGCAGCCCAGGGUGACUGUGGCACCUGCUACACCUGCCAAGCCCCUCAGGACUAGCCCCACAGACCCUCCCCAGCAUAUUGCAGCAGGAGGCCCAGCCUGGACCCCACUGCCACCUGCCAAGUUGUCAGCCAGGAAAGCACUGUCCCCCUUGCCCCCGGCCGCUCCAGCUGACUCUGCCAGACCUCCUCGCCCUGCAGCUGCCCUGACAUUGCGGAAGAUCACAGCCAUCAAAAUCCCCAAAAGUUUCCCCACGAAGCCUUUAGCCCCCAUCAAAAGCCCUCAUCCUACCCAGAAAACAGCUUCACCUUCAUUCAAAAAGUCAGCCCCACCCACUCAGAAGCCAGUGCUGUCCACUUCCCGCCCAGUUCCUGCCAAAAUCUCCCGUCCCACGGUGAAGCCAAUCCAGAGGAACCCUGUAACACCCAGAACUCCACCACCCAGCGCCUGGCCCCUAUCUCCCACUUCCAGCUCCUCUAAAAAGCCUAUUCCCACAGUAGCCCUGACUGAGGCCAAGAUGACCAGUCAUGCCAGUAAGCUCGCCUCUGCCCACACCAGCCCCCACAAACCUCCCCCGUCCACUGUUUUGUCCCCAUCUCCUGCCCCCAGUCCUGGCUCUACCAGGGCUGCUCGGCCACCAGCCACAGCAGUGUCUCCAGCCUCAGCCACCAGGACUCCCAGCACGGCACCUCCCACGCUUGCUCUUGGUUCAUCCCCUCCUGGAAGCAAGAAACCCACUGGAUCAGAAGCCACAAAGAAAGAUGUACCCAAGAGCAGCCCCCAGAAGCCCAUCCCUCUCAGACCGGGAAAGCCAUCUAGGGAUGUCCCAUUGAACGAUCCAGCCCCCAGACAGUCCCAGCCCAGUCAGCAGACCACCCCAGCCCUGGUGUUGGCCCCAGCGCAGUUCCUGUCCUCGAGCCCCCGGCCCACAAGCAGUGGCUAUCCGUUCUUCCACCUGGUGGGACCCACACCUUUCCCCCUGCUGAUGGGGCCUCCAGGGCCCAAGGGAGACUGUGGUUUGCCGGGUCCCCCUGGGCUGCCUGGGCUACCUGGACCUCCUGGUGCACGAGGGCCUCGGGGUCCUCCUGGGCCUUAUGGAAAUCCAGGCCUCCCAGGCCCCCCUGGAGCCAAAGGACAGAAAGGGGACCCGGGGCUCUCACCAGGAAAGGCCCACGAUGGGGCAAAGGGCGACAUGGGCUUGACUGGUCUCCCUGGGAAUCCAGGACCUCUGGGACGAAAGGGACACAAGGGCUAUCCUGGACCCACAGGGCACCCCGGAGAACAGGGGCAGCCAGGACUUGAGGGCAGCCCAGGGGCCAAAGGUUACCCUGGCAGGCAGGGGUUACCUGGACCGGUAGGAGACUCCGGCCCCAAAGGCAACCGGGGCUACAUUGGACUCCCAGGGCUCUUCGGCCUGCCAGGGUCCGACGGAGAGCGAGGUCUGCCUGGCGUUCCUGGCAAGAGGGGCAAGAUGGGUAGGCCGGGAUUUCCUGGAGACUUUGGAGAAAGAGGCCCUCCAGGACUGGAUGGAAACCCUGGAGAAUUGGGCCUGCCAGGGCCCCCAGGAGUCCCCGGCCUCAUUGGUGACAUGGGAGCGUUGGGUCCGAUUGGCUACCCAGGACCCAAGGGCAUGAAGGGACUGAUGGGCAGCGUGGGGGAGCCCGGACUGAAAGGUGAUAAGGGUGAACAAGGGGUUCCAGGUGUGUCAGGAGAUCCUGGAUUCCAAGGAGACAAGGGGAGUCAGGGGUUGCCAGGGUCCCCAGGUGCACGGGGGAAGCCAGGGCCUCCGGGCAAAGUUGGAGACAAAGGAUCUCUUGGGUUUCCUGGGCCCCCUGGACCUGAGGGAUUCCCAGGAGACAUUGGCCCCCCUGGGGACAACGGCCCAGAAGGCACGAAGGGUAAACCUGGAGCUCGAGGACUGCUGGGACCCCGUGGGCAUCUGGGGCCCGAGGGAGAUGAGGGACCCAUGGGGCCACCAGGGUCCCCUGGCUUGGAGGGUCAGCCUGGCAGGAAGGGGUUUCCUGGGAGGUCCGGCCGGGAUGGCUUGAAGGGGGAACCAGGGAAUCCUGGACGGCCGGGGCCCGUGGGCGAGCAGGGACUUCUGGGCUUCAUUGGUCUGGUCGGGGAGCCAGGAAUCGUGGGAGAAAAGGGUGAUCGUGGCAUGAUGGGACCCCCAGGUGUGCCUGGACCCAAGGGGUCGAUGGGUCAUCCUGGAAUGCCAGGUGGUAUUGGGACCCCCGGAGAGCCUGGACCCCCGGGUCCUCCAGGAUCUCGAGGCCCACCAGGCAUGAGGGGAGCAAAGGGACGCCGGGGCCCCCGAGGACCAGACGGACCAGCUGGGGAGCAGGGGUCCAGGGGCCCGAAGGGCCCUCCAGGACCGCAGGGCAGACCGGGCCGGCCUGGACAGCAGGGCGCAGCUGGUGAGCGAGGCCACGUGGGCCUGCGAGGCUUUCCCGGCAUCCCAGGUCCCUCAGGUCCCCCAGGCACCAAGGGCCUCUCAGGAGAACCGGGCCCUCAGGGACCCCAGGGGCCAAUUGGCCCCCCAGGAGAGAUGGGACCCAAGGGGCCACCAGGUGCAGUGGGAGAACCGGGCCUUCCUGGAGAUGCUGGGAUGAAGGGUGACCUUGGGCCCCUGGGCACCCCUGGGGAGCAGGGCCUCAUUGGGCAGCGGGGAGAGCCAGGCCUUGAGGGUGACAGUGGCCCUGCGGGGCCUGAUGGGCUGAAGGGGGACAGGGGUGACCCAGGGCCUGAUGGAGAACAUGGCGAGAAAGGCCAGGAAGGACUGAAGGGUGAGGAUGGUCCCCCUGGUCCCCCAGGCAUCACUGGCAUCCGGGGUCCUGAAGGAAAACCAGGGAAGCAAGGCGAGAAGGGCCGGACCGGAGCCAAGGGUGCCAAGGGCUACCAAGGACAGCUGGGUGAGAUGGGCGUCCCUGGAGACCCCGGACCCCCUGGGACCCCAGGCCCUAAAGGGUCCCGGGGCAGCCUGGGACCAACGGGUGCUCCAGGACGGAUGGGGGCCCAAGGAGAACCGGGACUGGCUGGUUACGAUGGACACAAAGGCAUUGUGGGACCCCUUGGACCUCCUGGGCCAAAAGGCGAAAAGGGGGAGCAGGGCGACGAUGGCAAGGCUGAGGGGCCGCCCGGGCCCCCUGGAGAUCGGGGCCCUGUGGGUGAUCAAGGAGACCGCGGGGAAUCGGGGGACCCUGGCUACCCUGGACAGGAGGGUGUGCAAGGCCUCCGUGGAAAGCCCGGCCAGCAGGGCCAACCCGGGCAUCCGGGACCCCGGGGGCUGCCGGGACCCAAAGGAUCAAAAGGCGAAGAGGGAUCAAAGGGAAAGAAAGGCAAGGCCGGGGCACCAGGCCGGAGGGGAAUGCAGGGCCUGCAGGGGCUGCCGGGACCCCGGGGCGUGGUGGGGAGACAGGGCCCCGAGGGCGUCGCUGGACCAGAUGGUCUUCCUGGCAGAGAUGGUCACACAGGACAGCAAGGGGAGCAGGGAGAUGAUGGAGACCCUGGCCCUAUGGGCCCUGCUGGGAAGAGAGGAAACCCAGGUGUGGCCGGCUUGCCUGGAGCACAGGGGCCCCCAGGAUUCCAGGGUGAAAGUGGGUUACCCGGGCAGCUGGGUCCCCCUGGCAAGCGAGGGACAGAGGGCGGAACGGGGCUUCCUGGGAACCAGGGAGAGCCUGGAUCCAAAGGCCAGACG